AUGAAGAAGGCAGAAGAGGAGGGUAUUGGUGGUAGUCAUUUGGCCGACAGUAAGAGAGACAUGAAUCGAAUCAAGGCUGACCUCAAGGAGCUUGAGAAGGCGUUGCAGAUACAACCAGCGGGUCUGGUGUCGGGGCAGGAUGUUCUUAGACAAGAGGAUGUCAGCGCCUUGAGCCGCCAAAUCAAGCAGGUCGAGGCGAAGCUCGCGGAGCUGGAGGCGUCAGCAGCGCCGUUCCCUUCCGCAGGUGGCGGAGAAGCGGAAGAGCAGGGAAAGAGGCUUCCAGCAGCGAGUGGUGCCGUGCUGAGACUGCAGAAGGUGGCGGCUAUGCUUGAGUCCGCAGAAACCGCGCUGGAAGCUAGCGUUACGUUCUACAAGGAACACGUUGAAAGAGUUGGGAAGGGUCUACCCAAAGAGGGCGAGAUGGCGGAUGCUGCUUUAUUACAGACGCUGCAGGCCGAAGUUGAGUGUCGACGUCGACUGUCUGCGCGUGCUAUACAGGUCUUCCGGAGCAUCAACCAUUCUAGACGAGAUGUGAGAAACCUGGAGAAUCGCCAGUAGUAGCUACAGAAGUGGCUAACACGUAGCACUGAUAGACGAACGAAUAGAUUUGAGCAAACCAGGAGGCCCCAACAGGGUCAGAAACGACGCGUCAGGACAAUCUCUUGUGACAGGCCGCGUAUCUACCUGUCCAAAGUGAGGAAAGGUAGGGAAGCCGGCAGCAAGAAAUAUGCAGUACAUCGGCACUCGAAUUGAGUGGAGUAUUUUGGGAAUCGUCGGCGAUCUAUCGUUGGUUUGCUUCACUUCGGAAGUAGACUGACGAAGCAGAGCCCAGACGGUCGAGUGGUGAGAAGCAACGCAAGAUGACACCCCCCCCCCUCACCGUGAUCACGGGUGCCUGGUGAACGAAGAAGGGAUGGGGCGGGAGGAGGUGUUCGGGGAG